UCUCCCCUCUCCCCUCUCCCCUCUCUCUCUCUCUCUCUCUCUCUCUCUCUCUCUCUCAUUCUCUCUGUCUCUCUCUCUCUCUCUCUCUCUCUGACCCAGUCUAAUGUAGACAAGUCUAUCACUUGUUGACAGGAGUCUGGCCCAUGCGGCUACCCACCUCUUCCUUAAUGGUAUCCUGUGUAAGGCCUGGGAGACCAAGCCAGCUCUCUGAACAGGGUGGACGUGGACACUGCACGGGCUUGGAGACAGAACCAAUGGAGAUCAGCCUCACAUGACAACAACAACAACGACUUGACUCUUCCUGAAUACUACAGCACCACGUUCUACCCUACACUCCUUCAAUAGGGACUGGAGAGACAGAUCACCCAGACUUACAGUUGAAGUAUCAUCCCAGACUGUAUAAACAACUGACUUCCCUUAACAUAGACACUGUUAUCUCCUCUAAAAACAACCCAAAUAAACCAACUGACAGCUGGAAUUGCAGAGGGAUCAGACUGAGAACUGCCUGGGCCUCAGCUCAGUACGGAUAUAAAGGACUAAAACGUGACUCCCAGCAUUGACUCCUGGAUGGAUGGAUGAGAAUAAGAAACGAGAAAGAAAAGAUAUAGCUGACGUAUCGGCCAGUGGCGUCUCUGAAACUCGUAGCUGCUCUUUGGAGUGACCUUUUCUAGAGGGAAAUGUUGUUUCUCACUCUGUCCGAACCAAACGACAGGAAGCUUUGAAACACACGGCCAACCCGGUCCCCCCCUCUUUGGCAUUGUUGAGUCUAAAGAGCUGCUCGCUUUCUCCGCAAGAAAAAUAAUCUGUCAGGGAGAGAUUGCAAUACAGUCAACAGGCAUGUUUGGGUGGCUGGACUAAGAAAGGAAAGAGAGAAUGAUUGGAAGAAAGGGGGAGGAAGAGAAAAUAAUCGUCUGGGUUUUGGAGAAAAAUAAAGAUUUAGAGGGAGGCAAGACAGACGCAAACAGAAACAGAAAAGUUUGAUGGUUUCUCAGCCUUUCUCCUUUAGCUGGAGAUUUGAAGUAGAGCACAUCGUUAUUGGGAACUGAUCCAGCAUGCUGUGUGUCUGUGGAGCUCCCAGCCUGCUUUAGUCUCCUGGGACAUCCCUGAUACUGUUUCUGGUCCUGUUCUCCCAUCCGUCACCCUCUCUCCUUGCUAGCUAGCUAGCUACAGGACUACGGGACUAAAGGAAAACAUUAAGGAGGAAUACGGAAGUAAGUCUGGGGGAAGAAGUGUCCAGCAGCAGGAGAAGCGACAUGGAUAGCUAAGAUUCUCUUUAUCCCCACUGGUGAUUCACUUUUUUUGCUCCACUCGCUCCAAAAGAGGACUGUCUGAACUUACUCUGAACGCUCCACAAACGGUGAUCCUCAAACUGACACGCAGACCAAACGAGAGGUGGGGGGCUGCAGACGGUCUGGGUAGAAGAAGAGACAGAAACUGUGGAGCAAACCAGAGGAGAACAAAAGAGGCUCCAGAACUCCUCCAGCAGAGCAACAAAGAGAUGGAGACGGAGAGGGGUCAUAUGUCCGUGAGGAGAGGGGUAAGCUGGAGCCCAGGUGGAGGGAGGAAGCCCCUUCAGAGGGUGCAUGGCGGGAACACGGACACCGGCAAAAGAGAGAGUGACGCAUCUUCGGAAAGGCGGGACUACAAAGCGAUCAAAGGACAGGCGACAUCAACCUCCACCAAUCAGCUGACUCGGAAAACCAACCUGACGCGUAGUGCCAGCCUAUCAGAGAAGGAGUUGAAGGAGGCAAGGGUGAGGUCACAGAUCAUCGCGGCCCAGCUGACCGUCCCGUCUGGCUGCUCCAACUCCCGCGGAGUCCAGCUCUUCAACCGCCGCAAGCAGAGGGUCGACGCCUUCACGCUAGAGAGCUGCGGGAAAAGAACGGGAGGAGAGGAGAGAGACGGAGACAACAGGAACAACAACCUGACAUGGGAAGGGGAGAGGGAGGGUCCUAGUGGAGGGACAGAGACAGACAGACAACUGAACUGGAAGAAGGGCAGCGAGACAAAACCACCACUCUGGUCGCCACCUUUUGGAAGUGAGGUCACAGGAAGUGACAUCAUGGAGGACCCAGGUGACGAGCACAUCUACGAGGAAGUGGACGUGAUACAAGAGAGACACUUCCAGCCAGUGAACGAGAGAGAAGAGGAGGAGGAAGAGAGGAGUGGAGAGAGAGAAAGAGAGGAAAUAUACGAGGAUAUUGAGGGUGAAGUGAAGGAUGAGAUUAUAUCAGUAAAUGACAACAACACUGGUCCAGUCAGAGAGGAAGUGGGGAUGAAUAGGGGGUCAUACACAUACCCCACAGCUCCCCCUGAGAGCUGGCAUAAUGGCUUCCACAGCACCCAGGGCUCUGCUGGAGAGAUCCAAAAUGGCGGGCGAGCUUCUAUGUCCCUGUCCAGACAGACCCCCACCAUCGUCAACCGGACAGCCAGACCCUUCUUCUCCCCACCCACCGUACAGCUUAAGUCCCCAGAGGCCAGGAAUCCUGUCAUGGAUAAAAACAUACCUCCAGCUCCCUCCUAUCUGACCUCCACUCCUCCCCCAGCCCCCUCCUACUCCACUCCCCCUCUCCCUGCUUUCACUGCCACUCGCCCUGUUGCCUUCUCCCCUCCGUCUUGCCCUGUCACCUUCUCCCCUCCUCCCCCUCUUUCCUCAUGCCCCAUGCCUCCUCUCCCAGCCUUCCCCAUCCAUCCUCCUCCUCCCUCCCAGUCUCUCUCCAGUCCUCCUCCCAAGUCUACUGUCAUGUUCCCUAGGUCUACACCCGUCCCCCAGUACAACCCUGCUCCUACAGCUGCCCCAGUGUCCCAGUAUCUACCCCCCAGCCCUCUUGUCACCCAAUUCAUCCCUCCUCCAACCUCCCCCAGAGCCAACACCUUUGUCCCCUUCACCCCUCAGCCUAUUGGUCAACAGAACCAGCAGCAGCCAAUCAAAACGGGCAUUCUGGAGAAAGGGGCGGCGGCCAUCAGACAAUCAUCAACAGCCAGGAAGUCCAUGUUCACCUUUAAGGAGAAGUCUGUCAUGGCACCCAACCCUGAACUCCUCUCUCUGGUACAGGGGAACGAUGAUAGGAAGAAGCACGGCCUCCGCUCCGUUCCCGACUCAGCCCCAGAGGAAGAGCUGCUGGCUCUGGGGGCCGAGGCCUCUAACUUCUUAGCCAAGGAGGAGAUGAAGGCGGAGGCUGCCAAUGUGCCGGAGUGGUCCUCCUGUCUCAAGAGCUCCAGAACCAGGGAACCCAGGGGGCAGCACCAGCCAGAGCAGACCCUGACCAACGCAUCAGGGAAGGGGGCCGAGCUGUUCGCUAAGCGCCAGUCCAGGAUGGAGAAGUACGUAGUGGAGAACCAGAAUGUCUCCGGUGGUGGAGGUGGCCAGAUGAGGUCUCCAUCUCCCACCGCGUCUCUGCCGCCAUCUUGGAUCUAUCCAUCUAAUAUGCCUGGCCGGGUCAAAGCUAUCGCUAACAACACUGACCUCAGCGCCAGGCUGACACGGACCCUUCAGACCCCUCAGCCUGGGAACAGGAGGCCCAGCCAGCAGGCUUCAACCCCAGCCCCGGUCCUUGCAGAACCAACCCUGGAGUACGGCUGCACCAAGAUAGAGAUGGACCUCUCCAGGCACCAGCCCUACCAGCUCAACUCCUCCCUGUUCAUCUUCAACCCAGUCCAGGACUCUACCAGCACCGUGCUGAGCGCUCUGCCCCGAGUGGCCCCUCCACCACCCAAACCCCUGAUCUCAUCUGAGGCCUACACCAGGCAGGCCUCCCUGCCCUCCUCCAACCCUCAGUCACACAACUACAACAGCCUGCCCCGCUUCAGGCCUACCAUGUCUCCUUCACGUCAGCCCCCAUCAGGAGGAAUUAGAGGUGGGGAUAAUUAUCCUCCACAACACGGGGGGACUCCACAGCUGAGGGACCCCAGGAUCACCUCUCCUGUCUCUGCCUUCUCUCCGGAGAGAGUGGCCUCUCCUCGGUCGAACGUCCAGGCACCCAGACCCACCUUCUCUGCCAAGAGGGCAGGGAUCGAACCCCAGAUGAGGAAGGAGUCCCCUCCGACCCCCACCACCACCCCCACCAGGACACCGCAGUUCACCCGUCGAUUCAGCAGCCCAGAGGGACCACCCACUUCCAGGCCCCUCCACCAGGCGACAGCCACCUCCCCUGCCUCCCCACCCUGGGAGACGAGGUGCAAGUCACCCACGGUGGUCAACCAAACCACCAAACCCUUCUCCACAGCCUCUUUAUCCAGGGCUAAACAAUCCACUACCACCUCACCUAUAUCGUCUGUAUCUCCCUGGGGGUCCCGCUGUCAAUCCCCUAACAUGAACCAGACAACCAAGCCUUUCUCCACCACCAUCCCCAACUCUUCCUCUUCCAGACCCUCUCACCAAGGCACCAUCACCUCUCCUCUCUCCCCCUCACCCCUAUCCCCUCCCUGGGGUUCCAGAUGCCAGUCUCCCAUCGUCAGCCCCAACAACUCCAAGGCAAACCAUCGCCUGUUAGCCAAGAACAUCAUCAACGCCGCCAAACGUAAAAACAGCCCGUCCCCAGGUGCUCUGAGCGGCCGCAACCUCCCAAUCUCCCCACUAGGUGACAACACCACCCCCCAUCACCACCAGGGCUACGACCACCAGCACCACUACAGCAGCUCCAAACCCCCCUUCAACCCCUACCAGCCCAGGGCCAUGGGGUGCCAGUCUCCCCCCUUCGCCAGCCCUCCUCCCACCCCUACAGGGGUGAUCCGGUCCCCAGUAAGGCUCUACAACACCAGGUCCCUCACUGACUCGGAUGCUUCGGUGGAGUCGGAGGACUCUGGGCUGAGGUCUCCAGGACUGCAGCGUACCCACAACACCUGUCCCCGGGGCUGGGGCGGCAGCCUGAGGGUGAAGAGGGGUAGUGUUGGCACCGACCUAUAGGGGGAGCCGGGGAGAGAGGGUCAAGAGAACGGACCAUUGAGCUUACCCAAUAAGAGAAGAAGAAAACCCAGAGAGGACAUUGAUACGGGGGACUGGUGGGUUUUGGGUAAUUUUUAAUUUCAUUGAUGUAUAGGAGCAUCUAAGAUGGAGGGCUCAGAGCUUGCCUCACAGGUGAGAUUUGGAAAGGACUUUGAAAGGAACUGACCUUGUGUGUUUGUUGCUUUGGAGCAUCCAGGAGUAAGGGAAAAUAAUGGUGACCACACAGUAAAGAACCUGAUGCCCUUACAACGCAGCUGGGACAUAGAAGCAACCUGUCUGGUGAUUCUAAAGUCAACUAAAACCCACUGAUUUGGCUGGCUGGCUAUAGAGUCCAGAACCAUCAAGCUCAGAGCUAGCUCAACAGUGGGAUUACUGAGAGGAGAUUGAAGGGACAAUUCACUGUUGCCUCUGCCUCUCAUUCUUACGUUUUAUAAAAAUACUUUAUUCAUUUAUUUCACCAAAAAAAAGUACAUUUAAGUAAUUCUAAAAUCCAAAGCGACCUGUCUACAAUUUUAGAUUUGGACCUUGUCUUUGAAAAAACUAAAUGUAUUUUAUUCAGGAAUUGCUGAAAUGUAAAACCAGCUUACUUGCAUUUGACUACGACAAAAGUUCCAUGAAAAAUACAAUUAUUACAGUAGCUUACAUAUGUUUACUCUAAAUAAUAGUUUAUUCUAAUUUGUACCCCCCCCCCCCAUUAAAAAAUCAAAGGGCUAGAAGAAAAAUACCAAAGAUAAUAUCUGGAAUGGUGCAGUGUUUUCAAAACAGUGUUACACUUUUCAUCUCCCGCAUAAGACAUUAAAAAUGUGAUGUCGUAGAUAGGCCCUUUGCAGUUAUUCCGUAUAUAUAUAUGUGUGUUUUAAUAUUGCUGGGUAUACAUUGGAGUAGAAAGGAAUGCAGUUAAACCACAUGAUGUUUGCAGAUCUGACACAGGUCAAACUGAGAGGGAGAGAGAGAGAGAGAGAGAGAGAGAGAGAGAGAGAGAGAGAGAGAGAGAGAGAGAGAGAGAGAGAGAGAGAGAGAGAGAGAGAGAGAGAGAGAGAGAGAGAGAGAGAGAGAGAGAGAGAGAGAGAGAGAGAGAGAGAGAGAGAGAGAGAGAGAGAGAGAGAGAGAGAGAGAGAGAGAGAGAGAGAGAGAGAGAGAGAGAGAGAGAGAGAGAGAGAGAGAGAGAGAGAGAGAGAGAGAGAGAGAGAGAGAGAGAGAGAGAGAGAAAGACACAGAGAGAAAGACACAGAGAGAAAGACACAGAGA